AAUAAGUGUACUUAAUAAGUAUAACAUACAGUUUAUAUUGUGGUCUACUAAGAAACUCCCUUAGAGAAUAUAUUCUCUAAGGAAACUCCCUUUAUAGCCGGUUGUUACUAGUGAUUUUUGUGCUUGCGGAUAAAAGGACCAAACGUUAUUUUAUAACUUGUUUGUUGAUGCCACAUAAUCAACUUAACUAUGACACCAGCAGCUCACGAUUCCAGUGGCGAGUCAGAUUCUGACAGUGGAUCGGGAUCUUCUGCCUCGAGCCGCAGUGGCAGUCCAGCAUCCUCACAUGCUCCAGCUCAAACUCCCAGAGCAGCCACAACCGAUCAUUCCGACGAUGACCAUCAAUCCAAGGCAUCUCACACCAGCCGCUCCAGAUCUGCCAGUCCAAGGUCUCACAAAUCUGGAAGCAAGUCACCUGGUAGUCCAAGAUCACACAGAUCAGCAAGGUCCCACAGUAAUUCUCCUGCCAGAUCUCAGAGCAAAUCCCCUGCCAGAUCCACCAGGUCCCAGAGCAAGUCCCCUGCCAAGUCCCAAAGCAAAUCCCCUGUAAGAUCUACAAAGUCCCAGAGCAAGUCUCCUGCUAGAUCCGACAGAUCCCAGAGCAAAUCUCCCGCGAGGUCUGGCUCCAGGCGUUCUAGUGUUGGAUCUGUCGGCAGCAAAAGAUCGGGCUCACGUAGAUCGAGAAGCGGCUCUCAGCAUUCUGGACGUUCUGGGAGUGCCACAUCAGCUAAGUCUAAUCACUCGCGCUCUCCCUCACCUCACGGAACUCACAAAUCAGACAGUCCAAAGUCAAAUGCCAGUAAAAGGUCGCCUGAUCGUCGCUCGGCUUCUCAUUCACCCAGAAGCCGCAGAUCCGCCAGUCGGGCGAGCGCACGCUCUGGCAGUCGUGGAUCUCGAGGAAGUAGGCGUUCCGGCAGUAAGGGCUCUCAUACCAGUCGUCGUUCUGGCAGUGGAGGCUCUCAAACCAGUCGACGUUCGGGUAGUCGUGCUUCGCAAACAAGUGGACACUCCGGCAGUCGAGGCUCCCAGACAAGCAGACGCUCAGGUAGCCAGGGCUCCCAGACCAGCAGAAGAUCGGGCAGCCAAGAGUCGCGCGCGAGUGGCCGGUCCGACAGUCAAGGCUCCAGACGGUCUGGCAGUCGAAGCUCGAGAGCCUCUUCUGCAGGUUCACGCAGAAGCAACAGAUCUAGAAGCGGAUCGGCAGGGAGUAAACGCUCGGGAAGCGCAGAUUCGAGGAAAAGUGGUAGCCCAAAGUCUAGAAAGUCUCGCAGUCCAAAGGAUAACAAGAGUGACAACGAAUCCGAGAAGUCCAUGAAAGUUGAAGGUGAAUUAAAAAAAAGACCACACGUGAGUGAUGACGAUUCAGGUUCAGAGAAAGAAAAGAAAUCUAAAAAGAAGCAAAUAAAGCUGAUUGAUUCGGACUCUGAGCCAGAUGAUGAGAUUGGAAAAAUUGCGAAAGAAGAAGCAGAACAGAUAACAGCUGAUGCGCUUUUUGGUGAUGCUAGUGAUAUCAGCAGUGACGAGGAUGAAGAGCCCCAGGAGGAGAUGAAAAUUGAAAAAGAGGAACCAGUAAUCAAAAGAAGCCGUAGUCGUAGCAGAAGUAAAAGUCGCAGUAAGAGUAGAAGUAGAAGUAGGAGUAGAAGUAGAAGCAGGAGUAGAAGCAGGGGACGUUCGGAGGAAAGAAACGAAGUGCCUGUUGAUUUUGAAGAUAAAGAAAAAGAAGAAGAGCCUGAACCACCUCCAGAAACUAGGAUUGAUGUGGAAAUUCCCAAAAUCUCCACCGAUCUUGGACGAGAGUUACACUUUGUUAAAUUACCUAACUUUUUAUCAGUUGAAACUCGACCCUUUGACCACGAGACUUACGAGGACGAAAUCGAUGAGGAGGAAACUCUUGAUGAAGAAGGUCGAGCUAGGCUCAAGCUUAAAGUCGAAAAUACCAUUAGGUGGAAAGAAGAAUUUACUGAAGAUGGCAAAAUAGAAAAAAUGAGCAAUGCUAGAUUUGUGAAAUGGUCAGAUAGCAGCAUGUCUCUGCACCUUGGUUCGGAAAUUUUCGACGUUUACAAGCAGCCUUUGCAAGGAGAUCACAACCAUUUGUACAUAAGGCAAGGUACAGGUUUGCAAGGGCAAGCAGUUUUCAGAACAAAAUUGACGUUCCGGCCACACUCGACUGAAUCAUUCACACACAGGAAAAUGACAAUGUCUCUGGCUGACCGUUCCCAAAAAACAUCUGGUAUUAAAGUACUUUCUCAUGUAGGCAUGAAUCCAGAUCAAAACAAAUAUGAAAUGAUCAAGAAAGAAGAGGAAAAAUUACGCAUGGCUAUGCGAGUACAGAGUAAGCCUAAAAAGUCAAGGGAGGGAAGAGGCGGUAAUCGCGCAGCAGCUAACUAUGGAAAUGAUCCGUAUCACGAUGAAGGAUCGGACGAUGAAAAUGCCAUAUCAUUGGCAGCUAUUAAAAACAAAUAUAAAAAACCUGCUGGUGGUGGAGUUUCCAAAUUGGCUCAAAAUAUUUACUCAUCUGAUGAAGAGGGAUCUGACUUUGAACGGCCCAAAAAACACCCAAAAAGUAAGGCUCUUAAAGAUUCGGAUGAAGAAUCCAAAUCAGGAUCUGAGGAGGAAGAAUCAGGUAGCAAUGAAGAGAAUGAUGGUGCAGACGAAGCUGCAGGAAAAAAUGAUAGUGAGGAGGAAUGAUU